AUGACUUACUCGACCGAAUCUUCUUCUUUUUCCGAGCAAGUUCUCAGCGGACUCGUUCCUACUACCGAGAUUCCUCCUAUUUGCACAACUCCACCAGCAGCCAUCAAAAUUGAGGCAGCGAGCUACUCCUGCGACUGGGUAGAACACGGCGCGGAAUGCAACCUCGAGUGGCCAAGCAUGGCGGAAUUCGUCGAGCACGUCGUGGAACAACACAUGAUGGAAUCUCCAAACGGCGAGUACUUCUGCUUCUGGAACAACUGCCCCCGCUUCGGAACUCCCUUCAAGGCCAAGUACAAGCUCGUCAAUCACAUGCGCGUCCACACCGGCGAGAAACCCUUCAGCUGCAACACUUGCGACAAGAGCUUUGCCAGGAGCGAGAACUUGAAGAUCCACAAACGAGUCCACACUGGCGACAAACCCUUCAUCUGCCCACAUCCAGGUUGCGGCCGCGCCUUCUCCAAUUCUUCCGACCGAAAGAAGCACCAGAACGUCCACCAGAAAGGCGUACUCAUGUGCCCGAUUCUCGGCUGUGACCGAAGCUACUCCCAUCCUUCUUCGAUGCGAAAACACCUGAAAACUCACGGCGCAGCAGCGAAAGGAGUUCCUCUUCCUCAGCGAAUUCUCGAAGGAAGCAGCCAGCUCAACCAACAGAUUCAUCAGGGAAUCCAGAGCCUCGUCGACCCAGCAUACCUCCACAAUCAGCAUCCUCCACAUCCACUUCAGCCGAUGGGCUCUCCUCACUCAGCCGGCUCCGGCUCUCCUCCUCCGUUUCAUCCCUUCCCGCUCUACCAACACCCAGCCAGCUUCAUCAACACUUCGGCAGACUCUGGCCUCGCCUCCUCGCCAAACCAGUCGAUGGGUUCUCCAGGCUCGACCGAAAAUCAACCUCCUUACUGGACUCCUUUCCUCAGCGAGCUGAACUCUGCCGAUGCCCCUCCUGCAGCUCCUCAGCAGCAAUUCCCCUUCUGGCCGGUUCCAGCUCCAGCUCAGCAGAUGAACCAUUUCUGGCGAAAUCUUCACAACCACAGCAAUGGCGAAACGACCGUUCCAUCCGUCUACUAG